UUCUGAAACGUUCGCCGCGGCGAACUUUUCGCCGCGGCGAACGUCACAUUCGAUAAGCCGACCGCCUGCUCACUCGUGACGUCAGCGCGCACUACCAGCGCGCGCUCUCGAACGCUUCGCAUCACGCGAGAGAUUGCGCCCGGCGAGUGUAGAACGACUCGGGUGUGUCGUAAUCGAGUCCAGUGGGCGUCGCUCGGUUCUGGGCACUGGCCACGGUUGGCUCCGGUCGCUUUAUGUAAAGGAAAUGAGAGAAAAAAGUGAGAAAUGUUAUAUUUCAAUGAAUAAAUUGUGCCACAACUGACAUAGUUGCGAAGAAACAUUUGGGUGAUAUCAUAAACUGACGGAUUUUGUUUCUGCGUGUGUGUAUGUCAGUCAUCAAGCACCGCCAGAGGGGCGUCGUGUCAACAUGGCGCCCUAUUUUGAAAAUGGGUAGAGCUGACAAAACACGAAAGGAACCGGCGUAGCGCGUGUGGGAGUUUUAUUGUGGCCGUUUCAUUUUGAGAAUGGGUGUGUGCAAUGUUUUCGCGCACCGCCAAGGUCAUGCAAAGAAUGGCAAAGCUUCAGCGGAGCCCUCGAAGAAGACGCGCGGGACCCCGCUGUAUAGUCGUCUGCUGGCCUUCUGCUACCGUCCGAAAAUUUGGUUUCAAAAGAAGAAAUAGCAGGAGGCUAAUUAUUUGUCGGAAAUAAAGGCUACCAUCCCAGAAAAUGUGUUCAUUUACUUGGCGGUCUUGCUCGCGCAGACGGCCAGUUUGCCUGUGUCUGUACAUGAGCGAAGAUCAUCACAGCCAUGCCUGCGCGCCAAAUUACCAUUCGGCAGGAGGAAAUUAUAGUAAAUUUUAUGGAAAGCAACCCCCGGCUUGCUAGUAGGUCGGGGGAAUUCGAUGGGGAAUUUACGCCCGCAAAAAGGCAGGAUUUGUGGAAGCAACUGGCGGCCCUUCUCAAUGCAGAAGGGCCGCCAGUUAAGACUGAGCGAGAGUGGAGGCUGUGGUGGUGCAAGUUUGUGUACAGAUGCAGGCGUGACGCGGGCAAACUUGCGGCCGAGCAAAGGUGAGUGAAAAGUAGGCUUUAAUGAAUGCGGUUCGUAUUCUUACGAGCGCACUGUUUCCUUGCAGGACAACCGGCGGUGGCCGACUGGGCGGCAUACGCGGCCGCGUCCUUCAACUUUUAGGGUGCGGUGCUACGGAAGGCCUUGGAGAGGCCUUCUUCAUGUCGACGAGCAGCUCGGAGGCCAGCCAAACACCACCUGUGGCGCUGGACAACAGCAUAGCCGAAGAGCCGCAGCCGGGCACCAGUGCUACUGGGAGGCGUGCCUCAACAAGACCCGCCCGGCCAAGAAGGUCGAGGCCCAGCGAGGCUGGUGCACGGAGCAGACCACCGCGCUCCGAGGGCGAGCUGCUCGAGCAGGCAGUGCUGGAUGGUGAGCGGACUGUGCAUGUUGCGCAGAGCCAAGUCACCAUCCAGCGCGAAUUACUUGCUGAGUCGAGAAAGCAAACCGCCGCGAUGGAGCGCAUCGCUGAAUCGAUCGACCGACUGGGCAACAUCCUGGGGCGACAGGAAAGUAACCUGCAAGUGCUGCAGGAGCAGCUUGCCCCACUAACCACGCUUGCUGCGGCACUGACGGUUUUCCUGCGGCAACAGACCCUGCCGCAGGGGAAACAGCCGCAGCAGCCCCAGUGAUUUUUUUUUCCCGUUGAUUCCUCCUGCGUCAGCAGGACCUGACGCAGGAGGCCAUUUAUUUGUUAUUUAUUUACUGUGUUUAUUUGUUUGCCAUUUAUGUGUAACUUGUUGUAACCAAUGUAUGUAGGUGUUUUGUUAUGUAUUUAAUGAUUGCUUAAUUUUUGUAUUCGUUCCGUGUUAUUAGUUCCUUGUUCAUUGCUUGCGUGUUCGUUCAUUCAUGUACCACACCGAAUAGGCCUGUACUGUUUCUAUUGUUGGAAAGAGACGUUAGUGUUGGUUCUUUACUAUAAAGUGCUUGGAUGAGUCUUUUCGGUGCACAACAGUGGUGUAUGUACGCAGCAGUGCAACAUAUAAAACCGUUGAUGCCCUGCCCAAAGACAAAUGCACUUGUCGAAAUGUUGGCUAUGGCCAAAACGAAUUAUUAGCCAUGCAGGCAAUGCGACGCAUGAUUUGGGAUUAUUGUGGGUGCAUUGCGAACGCAGCGUGUACGAUGCAGUGUGCAUACACAUCGAUGUGGUGAACUGUUUUGUUCGAAAUGUGCCUUAUUCCUCGAUCAUUUGAAGUAGUGCAUAUUGAGGUAGCGUGCUUACUGUGACAAUGAGGUGAACGACAACUCAUGAGUCGAUGUGUUUAAGCAUUUGUACUCGAGUAAACACGUGAGUCCGAAGGAGGUGCUGCAAGUACAACAAAACUUACAUCAUUUGAACACUGCAGCACAUGAUAACGUGCGGGAGGCAAGGUUAAUUUAUUGUGGUCGUGUUGGUAUCAGCAGAACGAGUAACAGUUCUACAUAUGCGCGCAUGCACAGGCCAUAAUAAAGACGCAGUAACGUAACAGUCGCACCACAAAAUGACAACACUUGCCACAUGCACGAGUACAAGGGCACAACACACGGCACUCCAGCAAACAGCACAGAAAACAACUACAUUAGAAAAACACAAUGUCUUGGCAUUAUCCUGAAAUUGACACUGCUCAGCAGUGCAUCGAUCCUCAGCUCACCCGCGUGGCUUCACCACACGACAGAUGGAAUUGUGCGCCACUGUUGGAAGCGUACUAAAUGAAAUGUAUUGAACAGAAAUGCUACAGUCCCAAGCAAAAUAUAUGUGAACACAGAGAGGCACUGCACGUGUGAUAUUGAAUUAUAUCAAGGUGAAAGUGACAUUCUGCGAGACAGCAAGCAACAUAGCCGGUACAAAAUGCAAUGUGGCCAUUCGGAGUGUGCGACCCCAUUAAUGACAAAGGUGUUACGAGAAAUGCGGAAUCUUGCACACUGGGAGGCGAAAUUGUGAGGUGUGUUACGUUGCCGAACACUUGCAAACGGAAGGCGUGUACCUGGGUCAAUGUUUAACAUUCUGCAUCAUUGCCACUUGAAUGUACCGAAUGAUGUGAGACUGAUUACAGGCUGUGCUGUAACUGCACUGUGUAGCUGUGACAUCAAAGGAAUGCCUAUCGGCUUUCCAUGUGCCGGGUAAGCGAGGUAUUUGAGAACACUUACACCUAUUGCCGCAGACUGCUGCAUGCUCAUGAAAACUAUGUAUGCAUGUGGCAAUUCGUUAAUCGACCACCUAUCAAGGAAAAGGCGGCCACGGCUCAAAAAUGGAAGUGUACAGUGUUUCACGCAGAAAAUGAAACACCAUGCAGACCUCCUCACCGUGGCUGCACACCGCAGCAACUGGGAAAUUGAUACCUUCCUGAAUGGAGCGAAGUCUCGGGUGGAAGGUUUGCACAGAAGUGUGUGUGUGAUUGCAGUGGUGCGGCAUUUGCGGCUAAAAGGAAAAGCACAGAGUGUUCAGACCCUGCCAGAACCCCGGAUUCCCUCUGGCGGCUGCAAGUCAUCGCGAGUGACCACCCAGGGAAGAAGAUGCAAGACACUGCAAAGGAACUCCUGGUGGCAAAGUCGACUGCCAGGCGCGCUGUGCACGACAGCGUGCGGUACCAUUUAUAUGUGAUGAUGAGAGGCAAGUUACGCCCAUUAAGACUCGGGAGGGCCACCUACUCGGCUGUGUUCCUAGCGAUUGCUGAUCAAGCUGUAGAGGCCCGAGCAGCCGCAAAUGCUGCGGUAUUUAUUUUCCGAUGAAAAGAACUUUGAGCACGACCGAAAACUCUCCUGUCGUAAUGGCAGGUCGCUUUGUGCAAGUUCCAAUGAGUUAGCUGCAGUGUUCUACACGCAAUUUCCAUCAUCAACAACAACGGUAACACCAUGCCGGCACGCUGGUUUGCAGAAGGUGUUCACGUUAAUGCUGCCGCGUACGCAGGGGUGCUCAUCACUGCAACGCCCUGGACAGAGACUGUUUGUAGAGGAAAAUGUUACAACGGUACUGCAACACCAAGCCCUCGCUCACACCGCCUGCAUUACGCAGGAGUGGUUUGCUGACAGCUUCCAUGACCCUGUCAUUCCCAACUGGAGACUUCGUACCUAUCCACAUCUCUAUCCACUCGACUAGCUCAUCUGAGGCGGCAUUGCGAGAGGUGCCAAGAAACAGCCAAAUAAUACGAAACGCUCGCUGAGGGCUGCCAUAGCUGCGUGAAUGCGAACAUUUGUAAUGGCCCCUUAACCCCCUCACAAUGCCACGUGCGCAGUUGAAUGUGUUGUUGCUGAGGAGGGUGAAUGUAUUGACCAAUUGUGGGAAUGAAGCAUUACGGAAGUAUUGUCCACAGUUUCGCAAAAACAAAUCUGUGUUUUGCCAUAGAUGCUCUGCUGUGCGUGAAGGCAAAAGUGUGCCCUCAAAUACCUCGCGAACCCGGUACACGUACGUGCUGUUGAAAACGUUGCAUACCUGAAGACGUGCAUGCGCAGAAGGGUGGGACAAUUGGGGAAAAUAGUAUGUUUUCAGAGGAUUACAAUCACAUAUGUUUUCAGGUACUGCUUGUAAAAUUAGCAAAUUGUGAAGACUGCCAUGUUGUUCAUCAAGUUCAUGCGGCAAAUGUGAAUGUGUACAGCAUGCAACACUACAACAGAGUGUUUGCACAUUGCUUGUAAUUGGUGUUGUCCGAUCUGACAGACUGAAAAUGAAUAACAAAGUGCUAUGGCCAUUUCUUAUGCGCGUGCUCAUUGUGUGUACCUCAUUGUGGUCCCAACAUGCUCUUAGGGUUCAUUGCAUGUUGAGACCCAUAAUGACAUUGCUUUGUGCGUGUACUGUGAUUGCACCGCCACGUGUUCGGGGCGCAUUUUAGGUUCUGUUAAGUGCUCCUCCACACGUGGUGUAGAUGCUGGGUAGGAAUGGAGCCUGCCGAGAAGUGAAGAGACUGCAGCUGUGGCGGUGUGAUGGCGCGCUCCAGUGCGUGUGAAGAGGGGUCGGCUGUGGGUUCGCUUUCAAAGGUGUCCGGCGCCAUUCGCAGAAAUUCGUGGUCGGCAAGGCGCUGGCAUAUGCAUGUAAUAUCAGCAAUGGAGGUAGGAUCCUUGGUGGCGAACACAUUCAAGGCUGCAGUCACAAUGCCUUUGAGUACAAGGCGUACUCUGUCGGUUUCCAUCGUCGAAGCGGUGACAAGUCGGCCAAAUGCGAGGACAUCUUCUACAUACGAGUUGUGGGACUUGCCUAGUUGCUGCUUUCGAGUGCGCAACAAACUGCCGGAGGACGAAAACCUUCUUCAAAGAAUUUCAGCCGGGGAAGUCGAUCUUGUGGGUGAAUCAAGAAGCCUUCACUAUGCCCUUGAGUUUGAAGUAUGUGCGGCGUAGCCUAAUCGCCUUGCCCCACCGGUUGCGUGAACUAACCCGGGCGCAGUUGUCGAGCCAAUCCUGCACAUCUCCACUCUGAAGGCCAGCAAGCAGAUGGGGAUCAUGCAAGGGCCCAGAGAUGAUCCAAGGAGAGCAUGUGGCAGACGUAGCCGAGAUUGUAGAUGUCGGUGUGUGUUAUGGAGCGUCUUGCAGCUUGAGGGCGAUUAGCUGGCACAAACGGCUACGUGAGCAAACCUCCAGGACGUAGAGCAGGCGAGAAGGCGUUCCGGACCAUAGGAGCAAUCUCCACCACGUGUGGCGUAGCAGUUAACACGACCUUGAACACGGCCCGAACACGUUGCAGCACAAUGAAUGUAUUGCCAAGUUUGCAUUGCGAGGUAUUCAGAUGCGAUAUGAACUGUGAUCAUGAGCAGCCAUGUGUGCUCGGCCCCAACGUUACGUUGUGCUCCUACUGUAAGGCAUGCAAUGUGCAGCUGGGUGUGGUGGCCGCUUUGUGUGACUGCAACGCGCAACUUCGUGCAUCUUCUUGAAUUGCAAACGUGCAAGCUAAGUACCAUUGAUCUGUUCACGUGACACAUUCGUCUGAACCAUGGAGUGCCUAUUGGAAAAUUGUGAUUGCAACCCAGGGCAGAACCUGUCACGCAUGCAAACUGAGAACUGUUCGACGCAUGUUGACACGGUGGCAGUGCUGCAGUGGGAAAGCUAUUAAACAUAAUUUGUUACACAUCAAAACACCGUGUGAUCUACAUGUGUGGCGUGCUUAACACAUGUGUGUGAUACAUGGUGUGAAGUCAUUUUUCGUAUCACUGUACCCUUCAGUUUACUCGUUAGACAAUUGGUGCACAAAAUGAACUUGAUUGGGUCGUUUCGUGCCACAUGCACGUCCAUCACAACGUCGACUCAGAGUUCAUAAGUUAGCUGCCAAGUGAGAUUAAAAAUGCGAUGGUCCUCACGAUGUCGCAAUGCAUGUAGCAUCAUCGUUACACAAAACAGGAGGUCUUGGUCUAUGCUACCUGCAUUGCCUCACCAUGCACAUGGAUGGUGAAGUAAAUUGCAUGUAAAUUCCUUGCUGCGAUCACAUUUCCAGCUGUCCUUGUGCUUCAUGCUCGUUCAUCUUUGUAUCUUGUUAUCGAGGUUGUUGCAGCAUUUCUCAUGGAGGCGCAGACGGAGUUAAACAUUUCUUUUCAAGCGUCCUUGCUCUGCAUUGCACCACCUUCCCUAGUGAACCACUUCACAUGCCCACUGUAUGAUACGUGUAGCGAAUUGUCUGCCGUAUGAGUUGCGGUCCGCUUGUAAUGCCACACGUGUUGCCCUAUCGCACCUAUGGCAAAAUGGUUCGACCCCUGUUGCUUCGCACAAUUGUCCAACUUAACUGGCAAGGGUCAUCCGCCACUGUAUGACGGUGGCCAUACGUACUUCGCGUGGGCAAUGCGUUCUUCUUUGUGUGCACAUGAAUACCUCCCGAUUAUUUCGUAGAGCACUGCUUCGUGCCACAUGGCACAGAAUAUGGCACGUAAUCUGAAGCGCAGUUAACUUUUGCAUUUGUGCCACAGACAAGAUAGCGCGCCUCAAUGGGGUCUAGCCUAUUUUCAGAAAGCUGAAAGGCCCCAUUCUGAGAGUGCAUCACUAAGCAUUGGCCCCUUCACUGGGCAAUGGCGCAAACUCUUAAAGUGUGCCAUACUCCUCUUCGUAAUAUGUGGUCAGAAAUGCUGCGGCAUCUCCUCACAACAAAGAUUACUUCAAUGGGCCUCAAGCACUUGUGAACCUUUCUUGCAGUCACGUUUCUGUACCCACAGCGUGGUGUAGGAGUUCAUACAAGAUGUGUGCCAAAAUGAUCUUUAAAUGAGCUUCCAGUGUCCUCCAAUAAGCAAAUGUACGAGGAGGUUCAGACACGCUAGCCAGAAACUGUCUGCCUCGCAUCUUCUACGCACCUGCUGAAUAGAACAAUCGCUUUAAACACAUGCAUUUGCACUGUUUGCUUGUCAAAAUUUAUUAUGGAACAGGAUAUGAGCAAGCAUGUAAUGUUUAUGCACUUUGCAAAACAUGCAAGUAACGCUGUUGGAUGCUGUUGCAUUCGCUCCCACCUCGGUUCUGUUUCCUCAGCUGCUACAAAACGUUGCAUGCGUGCUGUGCCUUCAUGAUGCCAGACACAUAUCCUGUAGUGGCACAUUUGUCCAUAUAACGUCUGCAGAACCGCAAUUGAUUUGAGCUGUACCUUCCCGUGUCAGCACCUCAGCAAGGCUACGUACACGUUUAGUUACGUUUCCUUCACAUUGCAUUGUGUCGCACACACUCCUACACCACCCCAAACAUAAUGUGUCAAGGGAGACAUCAUGUCCACUACACUAUCCCACUUGCAUACGGUUGUGCAAUGCAAGCUGCUUGUAUAGGUGGACAGUUCCAUUCCCAACCGCCUUGGGGCCAGGGCUUGUCCUGCUUUUACUGACCGAGGUAAAGGCACAGUCUCACGCUUCCAUCAAGUGCCAAGGAGGUGUGCUUCACACACUGAGCAGAUCAGUAGCGCCAACGACGUAUGAAAUUCUAUUGCAAACAAUGUAUUUUAGCCUUCACAUCCUCACAAACGUAGAGUGUGUCCCCACGCAUUGGCCAAAAUCUCUUUAGUGCUGCUGGGAAAAAGAUCUCCCUUGCGUCACGUGCAACUUGCAAUGCGCACUGGUGCACCUUCACUGCUGCCAAUGGUAACAGCUGUAGGGCAACGUUAUGCAUCAUAUAUGAUGACAAUGCUAGGUAUGUAGUCUACAUAGGCCCCUGGUAAUGAGGCGGCGAUGGUGAAAAGAAGUCAUCUGACGCUACGUCAUUCGCCAAACGAGCCACGUUGAGCUUGAACACCAUUGCAAAAGCUGUACAACCCGAUUGCAUUCUUGUAUCAACUGUGGGGCCACAGAAGACGCUCGACAACUGCUGCAACAGCCCAUUGUAGGAAAAAGCAAACACGAGUCAAUUUCUGCGUGUCGUUGGCACCGCUCUGGGGGUGAAGUACUGAAAUUGGGGUAAUAAGCGUCUACCUUUCCAGAAUCAUUCCAUGGCAUGGUGGCGCUGCAGACUAUGCGGAAGUUCUGUCUUUGCGGCUAAGGCACUUCACCAGCAUGGUGCUGGAUGGCAGUAAUGAUUCUUCGAUUGCUACGGUCGCUUCAAAAAUAUUUGUCGCUACCAUGGUGCUACGCAGCCAUGUUUGCUUUCCCAGUCAGACCUUCACGACCAGUCACACUGUCGCAAACAGCUUCCACACGAGGAAAGGCUCAACAGCGAUUGGCAAAUGGAGACUGUGCCUUGUUUACAGUGCACGUGUUGUAUGCUUGGCAAUACAUGCGAUUCCACUUAGUUGAAUUCCUUCAUGUGCAGAUGUCUCAUACGGACGCACAGCUGCAUUAAUUUCGCACUCGUAUUUCGCAGCAUCAGGCUAUAGCACUGACUAUCCACAUGUUGCGAGCAGUUCCAACAAUGUUGCACAGCUGCAGCACCUAAAGCAAUGUUACCAUUGUCCUGUCUUCACGUAGGAGCACAAUGCUUCUCGUCCCCUUAGGAUCUGCUUGACUGUUCUUUGUUGGUCAAGACCACAUCGGUCAAUGACACACAGUAUGCGUAUGACUAAACAAGUCCCACAACAGCACAUGCAUCUGCAACACACAAGGAUGAGAGAGCCGGUUUCAUGGCAUAGGAGCAUCGGGAGGUAGAGUGCUGUGAAAGAUACGAUGCUUACGUGCUUAAAAAAGUAUGCGUAAUCACACUUUUAAUGGCAUUCCACGAGGAAGACCAUUGCCGCCCAUCAAGCAGUGGCAAGUGCACAUGACAUGUCCUAGUUGGCCUACUUUUCUCUAGCAUACACAACCAUCGGCGUUCAGUAGCUGGGCGCUGUGAUGAUAAGAGAAGCAUGAAAGACAUCGCAACGACUGCAACACUAUUAAUGUCACCGAAUGACACCAAUGUAAUGUUAAUGAUGGAACGCUGCCACUGCCGUAACAUCAGAAAGGCUAAAGAACAACAUUAACGCACAUGCGACAGGCUUGCAGCCACGAAUGCAAACGUGUCGAACCGCACCAAUGCUGCAUUUACAAGGGUAUUAUUACGACAUCACCAUUAGGGCAACCAGAAUGGUAUGAUCACAGUUGCAUUAUUGAAACAGGCACACUUGUGUGACGACACUGCAGUGUUCACAACUGCUGCAAAGUGAAAACGACAACCAAGACAGAGAAAACCGCGUUUGCCGUGGCGCGAGACUGGUGUCAUUGCAUGUGCCGGAGCAGCUUGAGAACAUCUGAACAAAGUGCUGUCACUGAAUAAACGGGCGCAGUGUUCCCGUUCUUGUGUGGCCUUUACUGUGCUCCUGGCCGUCCGGCCGGAUGCUGUUCUCGCCUGGUAGCAGUCAUAACAGUUGAUUUAUAACAGUGGCGACGAGCUACGAACCCCAACCCUGAUGACGGCGAACACUCCUGCCAUGGCGUACCAAGUUCCACAUUUCGCCGACGUCAAGGACAAGUGGUCGUCAGACUACAUCAGAGUCGAGUCGUACUUCAAGGGUAACGACAUCGUCGACGACACUAAAAGAGCGCUUCUCAUCUCGGCACUGAGCUCGAAGCCUAUCGACGUGCUGAGUGGACGUUGCGCCCCACGAAAGGUGAGCAAGUUAACUACGCAGAAGCGGUUACCAUGCUCGAAGAAUUUUACGCAACCCCCGCCAAAUGAGAUAGCCGCAAGCUUCAAGUUCUUCACCUGCACUCAAAGGGAAGUGAAAUAAGCUCAACAGGUUAUCGUAGAGCUUUGGCGCCUGGCUGAUAAACGUACAUUUGGGGGCCAUGUUGAACCGCCUGCGGCGAGACAGGAUCGCGUGUGGAAUUCGCAGCAGUGACGUGCACAAAGCACUGCUUUCUCACCAGAAACUGACAUAGCAGGAGGCACAAAACAUUGUGCUUGCAGCAGAGGCUGCACGACAGGGUGUUCAGCUUAUGAAGCAGACGGAACCGAAAGAAGAGCCCGAGCGUCACAGACUAGCGGGCGAUCAACCGCAUCGACAUGCAGGAAAAACCAGUAGGCAGGCGAGUGGAACAUCUGAAAGUUGUCAUCGUUGUUGAAUCCACUAGCACGGCGAGGCGACUUGUGCAUUUAAACAUGCCUAAUGUUCCAACUGUAGCAAGAAUGGGCACCUAGGAGCCCUGCGUCGAUCUAAGGAAAAGCGACCGCACCAGAGCUUGGCGCUGAGCAGUGGCUCAAUCGAAAAUGCCGCAGCCAAGCUCUCCGCACAGUUGUAUACACUAAAUCCACAACUAACCGCAGACAGCGGAAUUGUCAGCGCGGUACGAUGCAAUUUUUGCUGGGGUGGAGCCGACAUCAUGACAGAAAUUGACACCGCCUCACUCGUGCACGUGGUGCCCUGGGGCGUUUACUGCCAACAUCACACAAGGUAGCCCCGCAUUGAAAAAUCCACCUUGAGGUAGUCAUGCUACUCGGGUCCGUUGCGUACAGCCGGGCAGCCAACGCUCCCAGUUUCAUUCUGCGCUACGUCUGCCACGGCAUCAGUGACCGUUGUUCGUGCCUGCCGGCCCGAUCUUGUGUGGCCGUGAUCUCAUCCAGAUUCUGAACAACGAAGGGGCCGCGGUUUUGAGCAUGUCCAGCAUUAAAGAGCAAGGGCUAAACUUGCAAGCGAUCCUGUGUGAGUACGAGGACGUGAUUACACCUGAACUCUGUCUGUUCAAUGUUCCGCCCACUCAUCUAUACAUACAGGAGGAUGCAGUCCGAAAGUUCUUCAAAGCCAGGCCACUUCCAUAUGCAUAGUGACGAAACGUUUCAUACGAGCUGGACAGGCUUGAUAAAUUCCGCGUCCUGUUCCCGGUGGCUCACUUAGAGUGGGCGACGCCGAUAGUUCUGGUGAUGAAGAUGGAACAGUUCGAUUGUGUGGCGAUUACAAGGUAACGGUUAAUGCCAGCUGUGUGAUGGAGCAGUACCCACUCCCAGUAAUCAAUGAACUUUUUGCUGUACUGGACGAGGAUGGCGUUUACAGCACAUUGAACCUUCGAGACGCCUGCAACCACGUUCCCCUGGAUGAGCAAUCAAAGGAGCUGACGGUCAUCACCACACAUCGGGGAUAAUUUUGCUUUAAUCGCCUGCCAUUUCGUGUUUCUUCUGCCGCAGCUAUCUUUCAGCGAAUAAUGGCCAGCGUCCUGGACCGGGACGCUGGCCGGGAGUCCAGGCGUACUUUGACGACGUUCUGGUGGCCGAGAAGGGGAGCAACGGCAGAAAGAACCUCAAGGCAGUUCUCCAGCGCUUUCGAGAGUACGCAGUCAGGCUAAGGAAGGACAAGUGCACCUUCAGGAUGCCUGAGGUUUCGUAUCACGGCUGCAAGAUCAGUACUGGAGGGCUGCAACCUCUGCAGAAGAACAUGGACGCUGUCAUAAGGGCGCCAACCCCCAAGAACGUGAGCGAGCUGCGAUCACACUUUCGUCUUCUCACGUAUUUCAGCAAGUUCCUUCUGAAUAUGACCACUCUGAUAUCACCGCUCUACGAUUUGCUAACCAAAGAACGUCGAUGGAAUUGCGGCUUUCAACAACGGGAAGCGUUUCAGAGGUCAUGAAACGCUUUAUGCAAUGCCAAAAUGCUCACUCACUUCGAUCCCUCACUGCCGCUGCGCUUGGAGUGCGAUGCAUCACCCAACAGGAUCGGAGCGGUACUGUCCCAUCGCACGGGCAACGUUGACAAGCCUACAGGUUUUUGUGCACGAAGACUUUGCAAAGGGGAAUGGAAUAAUUCCCAACUGAAGCGUGAAACGUUGGCCCUUGUGUUUGGGGUAGGAUAGUUUCGGGACUACCGUCCGGGAAUAACGUUCAUCUUCAUCACAUCUCACAAGCCGCUGGUGGGUCUAUUUUGCGAAUAUCAUCCCACGCCCACUAUGGCUGCCGCACGAAUUCAGCAUUGGACCUUGCUACCGGGUACACACCUGUACAAGAUAGAGUACAGACCUGGCUCAGACAGCCUGAACGUUGACGCACUCAGUCGGCCUCCUCUAGAAACCACUGACAACACAUCAGAGGAGCUACACGAGUUCGUGCACUCACUGCAGCAGCUGGAUGACGUGGCCCUUUCUUCGCAAGCAUUGAGACAGUAGACCGAGAAAGGUGAAGUACUUGGAAAUGUCAAUUCCUACAUACUUCAUGGUUGGCCAAAGAAGUAUGUAGCACCCAAUCCGUAGUUGGACCCAUACUUCGCACGAAAAAGUGAGCUAACCGUUUCCAAAGGUCUCAUUUACUGGGGUCACAGAGUCGUGAUUCCCGAGGUUGCUCGUGGUGACAUGCUGCAAUUCCUGCACGAGACGCACCAGGGAAUGUCAGCGAUGAAGUCGUUGGUCCGUGCUUUCGUGUGGUGGCUCGCCAUCGACGGAGCUAUCGAACAAAUCAGUAGGAAAUGUACUACAUGCACACAAGCAAACGCAAUGCCACCGGCAAAAAUACUAGUAAACUGGCCACUAACGCAUGAGCAUUGGUCACGUGUCCGUUUGGGCUAUGCUGGUCCAGCGAACAACAACAUGAUCCUAGUGGCCAUAGAUUCACAUUCAAAAUGGGCGAACGCAUUCCAGUGCGUCGUGCCACAGCACAACCGACAGUUACAUCCUUGCGUGACAUUUUCAGCAGGCUGGCCAUACCAUGAUGCAUUGUGGCAGACAAUGGAACUCAGUUCACGCCAGAGACAAUCACGAAGUUUGUGACAGGAAACAACAUAAUGCACUUCAGUACUGCACCACAUCACUCCCAAUCGAACGGGCUUGAUGAACGCGCCGUGCGGACGCUGAAAGAUGGCAUCAAGAAGGUUGGGUCAGGUGACUUGUCUUAGCGAUUGGCAAAAGCGCUCUUUAGCUACCUUAUAACGCCCCUGGAUGAUCACUGUCUCAACAACUUUUGGGAUACCAGAUCCGUUCUCGGUUGGACGCAUGCCUUCCACCACCUGUAGCCUUCCUUAUCAGUCCACAGGCAGAUCUAGAAAACAAGCUGAUCCCGGGCACUCCUGUUCUAACUCAAGUGUUAUGACUGCACACCGGCUGUCGAAUCGCAGUGUCAGUAAAGCAUCAUGGAAGUGACAGCAGCGAAUGUAUACUGCCAACUCAAGAGAAGAAGCAGAGACGUGACAACAAUGCCGUGCUGGCAUUGAAAAAACGCCAAUGGUAACAUAAUGGUGCCAUUACAAUGUCAGUGCAAGCAAGAGUGCGCUGGAGUGGAAAUUCUGACAACAGAAACGUGAUGCUGAAGUUAUUGCAAUGUUACAAGUGGAUGAUAGCAGUGGUGUUACGAAGGUGGAAUAACUGCUACGAUAUGGUAACGAUGGCAUGACAUCUAAAGAUGUGGUAUUGCAGUAGUGCACUAUCAUGAAUUGACAGCAUCAAGAAAACAUCGUUUUGUUUUCAGAUGUGGUGCACGCCUCGCUGCACCAUGUCAUCACGUCAUGCCACCUACCACGGCACAUAUAGUGUUUACACUACAUAUGAUGCACACGAAUCUUGCACUUUUCUUUUCCUGACCCUGCACACAAGGGUGUGGCGUUAGUGGUGCGAUGACACAUCAUCAUCCAUGCCAGCAAGGCUGCAAUGCUGUGAGAAUGGCGAAAUUGCACGAUGCAAACGGAUCCACAAGAGCGAUGGCGUGCUGGUUGUGGAGAUGACUUGUAAUCACAUUCACAUCACCUGCCUCAGUGAUCUGCUCCUAUUCCCACUGAAUGCAUCGUUUCCUGGCCCUGCGUCUGGCGCUGCCGCAACGAUGCAGCCAGGAAGUAGCAGGGAUACCAGUGGCACGACAGCCAGAACCCGUUAUUGUGACUUCGACCCUUGCAUUCCACAAGACCUGUUGAACAAGGCAGUAGCUAGCAUAAGGCACGGCUGAGCAGCGCAAGCCAUUGUCUAGACACUACACCAGAAGCUCCCCCUUAAAAGAAAGCCGAGAAACCUCACCACAAACACCUCUACCACAAUAAGGAAUGUUGGCACGUGUAGGUCAGGUGGGGCAACCAACUGCCACAAAACCACACACACUUCUAAUGCCCCCGCAGAUGGUGGCAGGUGUCGGCACACUGGAGCAGCAAGGAGGCACGACGAGCGCACAAACACGCCUGUCAGCACAAGGGAGCAGGAAAGGGGAGGCACUUUCAGCCGAAAUGCGGUGAACACUUGUAAUGCAGAAGGGGGCGGUGACAGGUGCCUUGCACGUGGGAGCAGCAAGGGGAGGCAGCAACAAAACCACAAGCACAGCCAGCACAGGAGGCGCAAGUGUCAGCACGUGAGAGCGU